AUGCAGUCUGGCCAGUUGACCGGGCCCCAGACGUACAUCACGGGUGCUGAGUCGUCAGACCGUGCUUGCGGCCAGGAUGACGUGGCCCCCUAUUUCAAGACGGAGCCGGUGAGGACGCAGGUGCACCUGGAGGGGAACCGCCUGGUACUCACGUGCAUGGCCGAGGGCAGCUGGCCGCUGGAGUUCAAGUGGCUCCACAACAACAGAGAACUGACCAAGUUCUCCCUGGAGUACAGGUACAUGAUCACCAGCCUGGACCGCACCCACGCAGGCUUCUACCGCUGCAUCGUGCGGAACCGGAUGGGCGCCCUGCUGCAGCGGCAAACCGAGGUCCAGGUGGCCUACAUGGGGAGCUUUGAGGAAGGUGAGAAGCACCAGAGUGUCUCCCACGGAGAAGCAGCUGUAAUCCGUGCCCCACGCAUCGCCAGCUUCCCACGGCCACAGGUGACCUGGUUCCGGGACGGCCGCAAGAUCCCACCCAGCAGCCGCAUAGCCAUCACCCUGGAGAACACCCUCGUCAUCCUGUCAACGGUGGCUCCCGACGCAGGCCGCUACUACGUGCAGGCUGUUAAUGACAAGAACGGGGAUAACAAGACCAGCCAGCCCAUCACUCUUGCCGUGGAGAAUGUCGGGGGGCCUGCAGACCCCAUCGCCCCAACCAUCAUCAUUCCUCCCAAGAACACCAGCGUGGUGGCCGGGACCUCAGAGGUGACCAUGGAGUGUGUGGCCAAUGCCAGGCCCCUGAUCAAGCUGCACAUCAUUUGGAAGAAAGAUGGGGUGCCGCUGUCGGGCGGCAUCAGCGACUACAACCGGCGGCUGACCGUCCCCAGCCCCACGGGCAGCGACGCCGGCUACUAUGAGUGUGAGGCUGUCCUGCGCAGCAGUAGCGUGCCCUCCGUCGUCCAAGGAGCCUACUUGUCUGUGCUGGAACCGCCUCAGUUUGUCAAGGAGCCAGAGAGACACAUCACAGCGGAGAUGGAGAAAGUGGUGGACAUUCCCUGUCGGGCAAAAGGCGUACCACCGCCCUCCAUCAGCUGGUACAAGGACGCGGCCGUGGUGGAGGUGGAGAGGCUGAGCCGCUUCAGGCAGCGUGGUGACGGGGGCCUGCAGAUCAGCGGGCUGCUCCCCGACGACACCGGCAUGUUCCAGUGCUUUGCCCGCAACGCGGCCGGCGAGGUGCAGACCUCCACCUACCUGGCCGUCACCAGCAUUGCCCCCAACAUCACCAGAGGCCCCUUGGACAGCACAGUGAUCGAUGGCAUGUCAGUGGUGCUGGCUUGCGAGACUUCGGGGGCACCCCGGCCGGCCAUCACUUGGCAGAAAGGGGAGCGCGUCCUGGCCAGUGGCUCUGUCCAGCUGCCUCGCUUCACGCUGCUGGAGUCGGGCAGCCUGCUCGUCAGCCCCACGCACAUCUCCGAUGCCGGGACCUACACCUGCUUGGCCACCAACUCUCGGGGGGUCGACGAAGCCUCGGCUGACCUGGUCGUGUGGGCCCGGACCCGCAUCACCAAGCCUCCCCAGGACCAGAGUGUCAUCAAGGGUACCCAGGCCUCCAUGGUGUGCGGAGUGACCCACGACCCCCGAGUGACCGUCAGGUAUGUCUGGGAGAAGGAUGGGGCCGCCCUGGGCACCGAGAGCAACCCCCGCAUCCGUCUCGACAAGAACGGCUCCCUGCACAUCUCGCAGACGUGGUCGGGGGACAUCGGCACGUACACCUGCCGGGUGCUGUCCGCCGGAGGCAAUGACUCUCGCAGUGCCCACCUGCGUGUCAGGCAGCUGCCUCACGCCCCCGAGCACCCCGUGGCGACCCUCAGCACCGCAGAGAGGCGGGCCAUCAACCUGACGUGGGCCAAGCCCUUCGACGGCAACAGCCCCCUGCUCCGCUAUGUCCUGGAGAUGUCAGAGAACAAUGCGCCCUGGACCGUGCUCCUGGCCAGUGUGGACCCUGAGGCUACCUCGGUGAUGGUCAAGGGCUUGGUGCCGGCGCGCUCCUACCAGUUCCGCCUUUGUGCAGUCAACGACGUGGGGAAGGGACAGUUCAGCAAGGACACGGAGAGGGUCUCCCUCCCCGAGGAGCCCCCCACAGCCCCCCCGCAGAAUGUCAUCGCCAGCGGCCGGACCAAUCAGUCCAUCAUGAUCCAGUGGCAGCCGCCUCCCGAGAGCCACCAGAAUGGCCUUCUCAAGGGCUACAUCAUCAGGUACUGCCUGGCUGGGCUGCCCGUCGGGUACCAGUUUAAGAACAUCACAGAUGCUGACAUCAACAACCUGUUGCUGGAGGACCUCAUCAUCUGGACCAACUAUGAGAUCGAGGUGGCCGCCUACAACAGUGCCGGGCUGGGUGUCUACAGUAGCAAAGUCACCGAGUGGACACUGCAGGGAGUCCCCACAGUCCCUCCUGGCAAUGUGCAUGCAGAGGCCACCAACUCCACGACCAUCCGCUUCACCUGGAAUGCCCCCAGCCCCCAGUUCAUCAAUGGCAUCAACCAGGGCUACAAGCUGAUUGCCUGGGAGCCGGAGCAGGAAGAGGAGGUUACCAUGGUGACUGCCCGGCCCAACUUUCAAGACAGCAUCCACGUGGGCUUCAUGUCUGGCCUGAAGAAGUUCACCGAGUACUUCACCUCUGUGCUGUGCUUCACCACUCCCGGCGACGGGCCUCGAAGCACCCCCCAGCUGGUGCGCACCCAUGAGGAUGUGCCUGGUCCUGUGGGACACCUGAGCUUCAGUGAAAUUCUGGACACCUCGCUGAAGGUCAGCUGGCAAGAGCCAGGAGAGAAGAAUGGCAUCCUCACAGGGUACCGGAUCUCCUGGGAGGAGUAUAACCGAACCAACACCCGCGUGACCCACUACCUGCCCAACGUGACCCUGGAAUACCGCGUCACGGGCCUCACUGCGCUCACCACCUACACCAUCGAGGUGGCUGCCAUGACCGCCAAGGGCCAGGGCCAGGUGUCCGCGUCAACCAUCUCCUCCGGGGUGCCUCCAGAACUCCCAGGGGCCCCCACCAACCUGGGCAUUUCCAACAUCGGCCCCCGCUCUGUGACCUUGCAGUUCAGGCCGGGCUAUGAUGGGAAAACCUCCAUCUCCCGCUGGCUGGUGGAGGCUCAGGUAGGCGUGGUUGGGGAGGGAGAGGAGUGGCUGCUGGUUCAUCAGCUCACCAACGAGCCUGACGCCCGUUCUAUGGAGGUGCCCGAACUCAACCCCUUCACCUACUACAGCUUCCGAAUGCGCCAAGUGAACAUCGUGGGCACUAGCCCACCCAGCCAGCCUUCUAGAAAGAUCCAGACCCUCCAGGCACCCCCUGACAUGGCCCCUGCCAACGUGACCCUGCGCACAGCCAGUGAGACCAGCCUGUGGCUCCGCUGGAUGCCUCUCCCGGAGAUGGAAUACAACGGGAACCCCGAGUCAGUGGGCUACAAGAUCAAAUACAGCCGGGCAGAUGGCCAUGGCAAGACACUGAGCCAUGUGGUCCAGGACCGCGUGGAGCGUGAGUACACCAUCGAAGACCUGGAGGAGUGGACAGAGUACCGCGUCCAGGUCCAGGCCUUCAACGCCAUCGGGAGCGGGCCCUGGAGCCAGAUGGUGAUGGGCAGGACCCGGGAGUCAGUCCCGUCCUCUGGCCCCACCAACGUGUCUGCCCUGGCCACGACCUCCAGCAGCAUGCUGGUGCGCUGGAGUGAGAUCCCCGAGGCCGACCGCAAUGGGCUCGUGCUGGGCUACAAGGUGAUGUAUAAGGAGAAGGACUCAGAUUCCCAGCCCCAGUUCUGGCUGGUGGAAGGGAACUCGUCACGCAGCGCCCAGCUCACGGGCUUGGGCAAAUACGUGCUCUAUGAGGUCCAGGUGCUAGCCUUCACGCGCAUCGGGGAUGGCAGCCCCAGCCACCCUCCCAUCCUGGAGCGGACGCUGGAUGAUGUCCCGGGACCGCCCAUGGGCAUCCUGUUCCCAGAGGUGAGGACCACGUCCGUGCGACUGAUCUGGCAGCCCCCCACUACCCCCAACGGCAUCAUUCUUGCCUACCAGGUCACACACCGGCUCAACGCCACCACGGCCAACACGGCCACCGUGGAGGUGCUGACACCCAGCGCCCGCCAGUACACGGCCACCGGCCUCAAGCCAGAGUCCGUCUACCUGUUCCGCAUCACGGCCCAGACCCGCAAGGGCUGGGGAGAGGCCGCAGAGGCCUUGGUGGUGACCACCGAGAAGAGAGACCGCCCCCAGCCCCCCAGCAAGCCGGUGGUGCAGCAGGAGGACGUGAAGGCACGCAGCGUGCUGCUGUGUUGGGAGCCGGGAAGCGAUGGACUGUCCCCCGUGCGCUACUACACCGUCCAGACCCGCGAGCUGCCCAGCGGCCGGUGGGCGCUGCACUCGGCCUCCGUGAGCCACAAUGCGUCUGCUUUCGUGGUGGACAGGCUCAAGCCCUUCACAUCCUACAAGUUCCGCGUGAAGGCGACCAAUGACAUUGGGGACAGCGAGUUCAGCGAGGAGUCAGAGCCACUGACCACUCUGCAGGCCGAACCCGACGAAGCACCCACCAUUGUGUCGGUGACACCCCACACCACCACCUCCGUGCUGAUUCGAUGGCAGCCACCAGCAGAGGACAAGAUCAACGGCAUCCUGCUGGGCUUCCGGAUCCGGUACCGGGAGCUGCUCUACGAGGGGCUGAGGGGCUUCACGCUGCGUGGCAUCAACAACCCAGGGGCCAAGUGGGCCGAGCUUACCUCCAUGUACUCCAUGCGGAACCUGAGCCGGCCCAGCCUCACCCAGUACGAGCUGGACAAUCUGAACAAACACCGGCGGUAUGAGAUACGGAUGAGCGUGUACAACGCCGUGGGGGAGGGGCCCUCGAGCCCCCCCCAGGAAGUCUUCGUCGGGGAAGCAGUGCCCACGGCGGCACCCCGUAACGUGGCUGUCCAUGGCGCCACGGCCACACAGCUUGAUGUGACCUGGGAGCCACCACCACUGGAGAGCCAGAACGGAGACAUCCAGGGCUACAAGAUUUAUUUCUGGGAAGCCCAGCGGCGCAACCUCACAGAGCGGGUGAAGACGCUUUUCCUGGCGGAGAACGGCGUGAAGCUCAAGAACCUGACCGGCUAUACGGCCUACAUGGUCAGCGUGGCAGCCUUCAACGCCGCGGGGGAUGGGCCUCGGAGCCCCCCCACCCGGGGCCAGACCCAGCAAGCAGCCCCCAGUGCUCCCAGCUCGGUCAAGUUCAGUGAGCUGACCACAACCUCGGUGAACGUGUCCUGGGAGGCCCCGCAGUUCCCCAACGGUGUCCUGGAAGGUUACCGGCUGGUGUACGAGCCCUGCACCCCAGUGGACGGCGUCAGUAAGAUCGUGACAGUGGACGUGAAGGGGAGCAGCCCUCUGUGGUUGAAGGUGAAGGACCUGGCCGAGGGGAUGACCUACAGGUUCCGCAUCAGAGCCAAGACCUUCACCUACGGGCCAGAGAUCGAGGCCAACGUCACUACCGGCCCGGGAGAAGGUGCCCCCGGGCCGCCUGGAGUGCCCAUCAUCGUGCGCUACAGCUCUGCCAUCGCCAUCCACUGGUCCAGUGGAGACCCCGGCAAAGGGCCCGUCACCCGCUACGUAAUAGAGGCCAGGCCAUCAGACGAAGGACUAUGGGACAUCCUCAUCAAAGACAUCCCCAAGGAGGUGACGUCCUACACGUUCAGCAUGGACAUCCUGAAGCCAGGCGUGAGCUAUGACUUCCGGGUCAUCGCCGUCAAUGACUAUGGCUUCGGUACCCCCAGCAGCCCCUCCCAGUCUGUGCCAGCCCAGAAAGCCAACCCUUUCUACGAGGAGUGGUGGUUCUUGGUGGUCAUUGCCCUUGUCGGCCUCAUCUUCAUUCUCCUUCUGGUCUUUGUGCUCAUCAUCCGAGGCCAGAGCAAGAAGUAUGCCAAGAAGACAGACUCUGGGAACAAUGCUAAGUCUGGUGCCCUUGGCCACGGGGAGAUGAUGAGCUUGGAUGAAAGCAGUUUCCCUGCUCUGGAACUCAACAACCGGAGGCUCUCCGUCAAGAAUUCCUUCUGCCGGAAGAACGGCCUGUAUACCAGGUCGCCUCCCCGGCCCAGCCCAGGCAGCCUCCACUACUCCGACGAGGACGUCACCAAGUACAACGACCUCAUCCCGGCCGAGAGCGGCAGCCUGACCGAGAAGCCCUCAGAAAUCUCCGACUCUCAGGGAAGCGACAGUGAGUACGAGGCCGACCCGACCCACCAGAAGGCCCACUCUUUUGUCAACCACUACAUCAGCGACCCCACUUACUACAACUCGUGGCGGCGGCAGCAGAAGGGGAUCUCGCGGGCCCAGGCCUACAGCUACACGGAGAGCGACUCGGGCGAGCCGGACCCCGCCACCGUGGCCAACAGCAACAGCGCCCAGCAGGGCAGCCUCUUCCGGCCCAAGGCCAGUCGGACCCCAACGCCCCAGAACCCCCCGAACCCCCCGAGUCAGCAGAGCACCCUCUACCGCGCCCCCAGCAGCCUCACCCCCAGCUCCCGGGCUCCUAUAGCAGGAUUUUCCUCGUUUGUUUGA